UUACGUGGGGACGGAAAAUCGAAAGACUGCCGGUGGAAAAAGGAAACCAUUAAUAAAAAAAAAGGAAAAUCUCCAGAAUCGUUUACUUAGCAGAAUCAAUGAAGGGUUUAAUUAUGUGUUAAUCUUUUCUCCUCCAUUUUCCUUCCACCAUUUUUCAAUAAAAAACAAGCAAGCCUCCACGCCGCUCCCAUUUUCUGGGCUGUUGAAGGAUUUUGUGAAGGGGAUUGUUAUCUUAAUUUUUUGAUAAAUAAUUUUCUUGUAGGAAAAGAAUUUUUUGAUUGGAGUGAUCUGAGAUUGGGAUUCUCUAGUUUCUUGAAGUGGGAGAACUAUUCGUGGAUUGAUCUGUAUUUUUCUGGGGGGUGGAAGUUGUUUGUAAUUAUUGGAUUUGUUUUUCUUCCUCGAGGAUUGAUCUUUGGGUUCUGAAGGAUACAGCUGAAGUUGAAUUGAAGAUUCUGAUCUGAUUGGAAUUGUUGCAGAAUGGUUGCUUCAGCCACUUUAGGAGUUGGAUCUCUUGUUUGGGUGGAGGAUCCUGAUGCGGCCUGGUUGGAUGGAGAAGUUGUCGAGGUCAAUGGCGGAAAUGUCAAGGUCCAUUGUACAUCGGGGAAGACGGUCGUGGUCCCAGCAGCCAAUGUAUACCCUAAAGAUGCCGAAGCUCCGCCUUGUGGGGUUGAUGAUAUGACGAAGCUGGCAUACUUGCAUGAGCCUGGAGUUCUACACAAUUUGAAAACAAGAUAUGAUAUAAAUGAAAUAUAUACCUAUGUAGGAAAUAUACUGAUUGCUGUGAACCCAUUUCAAAGAUUGCCUCAUCUCUACGAUAGCCAUAUGAUGGCACAGUAUAAAGGAGCAGCUUUUGGUGAGCUGAGUCCGCACCCAUUUGCCGUUGCUGAUGCUGCAUACAGACAAAUGAUAAAUGAAGGAAUUAGUCAGUCAAUUUUAGUGAGUGGUGAGAGUGGAGCGGGUAAAACAGAAAGCACUAAAUUGCUUAUGCAGUAUCUUGCUUACAUGGGGGGGCGGUCUGGAGCAGAGGGAAGAAGUGUGGAGCAGCAGGUUCUCGAGUCAAAUCCAGUUCUCGAGGCAUUUGGUAAUGCGAAGACAGUGCGGAAUAAUAAUUCAAGUCGAUUCGGUAAAUUUGUCGAGCUUCAGUUUGAUCAAAAAGGUAGGAUAUCCGGUGCUGCUAUCAGAACGUACUUGUUAGAAAGAUCUCGUGUUUGCCAAGUAUCCGACCCGGAGAGAAAUUACCAUUGCUUCUAUAUGCUCUGCGCUGCACCCCCGGAGGACAUAAAAAAAUACAAGUUGGGAGAUCCAAGAACAUUUCAUUAUCUAAACCAGACAAAUUGCUAUAAGCUUGAUGGAAUAGACGAUGCUAAAGAGUAUAAACAGACUAGGAAGGCAAUGGAUACUGUGGGAAUCAGUGCCAAGGACCAGGAGGCAAUAUUUCGAGUUAUUGCUGGAAUCCUGCAUCUUGGAAAUAUCGAAUUUGUUAAGGGGAAAGAAAUCGAUUCAUCCAUGCCAAAAGAUGAGAAGUCGUGGUUUCAUUUAAGAACAGCAGCUGAACUUUUCAUGUGUGAUGCAAAGGCUUUGGAAGACUCCCUCUGCAAGCGUAUCAUCGUGACCCGUGACGAAACCAUCACCAAAGAGUUGGAUCCAGAGGCCGCUGCAUCCAGCAGAGAUGCUCUGGCCAAAAUUGUAUAUGCAAGAUUGUUUGACUGGCUCGUGGACAAGAUUAAUAGUUCAAUCGGUCAAGAUCCAAAUUCAAAAUGCUUAAUUGGAGUUCUCGAUAUCUAUGGAUUUGAGAGUUUCAAGAUUAACAGUUUUGAACAAUUUUGCAUCAACUUGACCAACGAGAAGCUUCAGCAGCACUUCAAUCAGCACGUUUUCAAAAUGGAGCAAGAUGAGUAUACGAAAGAAGAAAUCAACUGGAGCUACAUUGAGUUCAUUGACAACCAAGACGUUCUAGAUCUAAUUGAAAAGAAACCGGGAGGCAUUAUUGCACUUCUCGAUGAAGCUUGCAUGUUUCCACGGUCAACUCACGAAACAUUCGCCCAGAAGCUGUACCAGACGUUCAAGAACCAUGAGCGCUUUCGGAAGCCAAAACUAGCCCGUUCUGAUUUCACCAUUUGCCAUUAUGCUGGUGAUGUAACAUAUCAUACCGAUUUGUUUCUGGACAAAAACAAGGAUUAUGUCAUCGCGGAACACCAGGCACUUUUGUGUGCUUCCAAAUGUUCAUUUGUUUCGGGUCUGUUUCCGCUGUCAAACGAGGAGUCGUCCAAACAAUCUAAAUUUUCUUCUAUUGGCACAAGGUUUAAGCAACAAUUGCAAGCCUUGCUAGAAACAUUGAGUUCGACGGAGCCUCACUAUAUUCGUUGUGUGAAGCCAAAUAACCUUCUUAAACCGGCUAUUUUCGAGAACCAUAAUGUCCUGCAACAACUUCGCUGUGGGGGUGUUAUGGAAGCAAUCAGGAUAAGUUGUGCUGGAUAUCCUACGAAACGACCCUUCUAUGAAUUUGUUGACCGUUUCGGCAUCCUUGCUCCCGAAGUAUUAGAUUCAAGUUCGGAUGAGGUUACCGUUUGUAAGAAUCUUUUGGAGAAAGUUGGGCUCGAAGGGUAUCAGAUAGGCAAAACAAAAGUGUUUCUGAGGGCUGGUCAGAUGGCUGAGCUUGAUGCUCGUAGGAGUGAGGUGUUGGGAAGGUCGGCAAUUGUCAUACAGAGGAAAGUUCGUUCAUAUAUGGCUCGAAAGAGUUUUAUAUUGCUGCGACGGUCGGUAAUAUGCAUUCAAUCAGUGUGCAGAGGAGAACUUACACGACGUGUUUAUGAGUCCAUGCGGAGAGAAGCUGCAUGUCUCCGGAUUCAGACUGAUUUGCGAAUGUAUCUUGCAAGAAAAGCGUACGUCCAGCUCAGCGCAUCUGCUCUUUCAAUUCAGACAGGAAUGCGCGGAAUGGCUGCUCGUACAGAGCUUUGCUUCAGACGGCAGACCAAAGCAGCUAUUAAGAUACAGAGUCACUGCCGCCAAUUUUUGGCUCGUUCGGAAUACUUGAAGCUGAAGAAGGCUGCAAUCACUACACAAUGCGCGUGGAGGGCUAAAGUUGCUCGUAAAGAACUGCGCAAAUUGAAAAUGGCUGCAAGGGAAACCGGAGCUCUGCAAGCUGCCAAGAAUAAACUUGAGAAGCAAGUUGAAGAGCUUACUUGGAGAUUACAAUUGGAGAAGCGUAUGAGAACUGAUUUAGAAGAAGCGAAAACACAAGAGACGGCGAAAUUGCAAAAAGCCUUACAAGAGGUUCAGCUUGAGUUGAAAGAAACAAAAGACAAGCUGUCGAAGGAAAAGGAAGCUGCCAAGCAGGCGGCCGAGCAAGUUCCUGUAAUAAAGGAGGUUCCUGUCCUCGACCAAGAAUUACUGGAUAGGCUCAAUUCCGAAAAUGAAAACCUCAAGGGCUUGGUUAGCUCUCUUGAAACUAAAAUAGCCGAGACAGAGAAGAAGUACAAGGAGACGAGCAAGCUUAGCGAGGAGAGACUGAAGCAGGCUUUGGAGGCUGAGUCGACGAUCGUGAAGUUGAAAACCAACAUGCACAGGCUGGAAGAAAAGAUUUCUGACAUGGAAAACGAGAACAAAAUUCUCCGGCAGCAGACCUUAAUCAAUGCUGGCAAAGGAACAAUAAAUCCUCCAACCAAGGCUUUGGAAAAUGGUCAUCAUGCUAGCGAAGCAAUGAGAACUGAGGAAUCCUUCCAUACACCUGUCAAAGGUUACGAAACCCCUGAUAGCAAACCAAGGAGGCCCCCGACUGACCGUCCACAUGAAGACGUGGAUGCUCUCAUUGAAUGUGUCAAGAAAGAUGUCGGUUUCAGUCAAGGCAAGCCCGUCGCUGCUUUCAUGAUAUACAAGUGCCUAUUGCAUUGGAAGUCGUUCGAAGCUGAACGAACCAGUGUGUUCGAUCGUCUCAUUCAGAUGAUUGGUUCUGCUAUCGAGGAUCAAGAGAGUAGUGAUCAUAUGGCCUAUUGGUUGUCGAACACCUCGACGCUUCUGUUCUUACUUCAAAAAAGUCUGAAACCUGCCGGCGCAACUCCAUCACGUAAACCGCAACAGCCAACGUCCUUAUUUGGGAGAAUGACUAUGGGUUUUCGUUCUCCUUCUGCCGUCACUGCUGCUGCAGCUGCCGCCGCACUUGAGACAGUGCGCCAAGUUGAAGCCAAAUAUCCGGCUUUGCUUUUCAAGCAGCAACUCACUGCGUAUGUCGAGAAAAUAUAUGGCAUUAUUCGGGACAGCUUGAAGAAGGAACUCGGAGGGUUGCUUGCUUUAUGCAUUCAGGCUCCGAGAACCUCCAAGGGAAGCGUUCUGAGAUCGGGGCGGUCAUUCGGGAAAGACUCUCCGACGAAUCAUUGGCAGAGCAUCAUUGACUGCCUCAACUCCCUUCUCACCACACUUAAAGAAAAUUUUGUUCCUUCGGUUCUCAUUCAGAAGAUCAUCACACAGACUUUUUCAUAUAUCAACGUACAACUCUUUAACAGCCUCCUUCUUCGUCGCGAGUGCUGCACAUUCAGCAAUGGUGAAUACGUCAAAGCUGGACUGGCCGAGCUCGAAUUAUGGUGCUGCCAAGCGAAAGAAGAGUAUGCUGGCUCGGCUUGGGACGAACUCAAACAUAUUCGACAAGCUGUUGGAUUCUUGGUGAUACACCAAAAGUAUAGAAUAUCAUACGACGAGAUCACCAAUGAUUUGUGCCCUAUUUUGAGCGUCCAGCAGCUCUACAGAAUAUGCACUUUAUAUUGGGACGACAACUACAACACUCGAAGUGUGUCCCCUGAAGUUAUAUCGAGCAUGCGCGUGCUAAUGGCCGAGGACUCAAACAACGCCGUCAGCAGCUCAUUUUUGUUGGACGAUAAUUCCAGCAUCCCAUUCUCUGUCGAUGACCUUUCGAGCUCAAUCGAAGCCAAGGAUUUCUUAGAUGUCAAGCCUGCGUCCGACCUCCUCGAGAAUCCGGCCUUCCAGUUUUUACAUGGCUAAGGCCGACGCCUCUAAAACUAAAACCGCAACCGCGCCCCAAAUGGUGUACAUUUUAUUAAUUUUCGAUUUUGAUUUUGAUUUCGAUUAUAUUUAAAGUAUUAUCAUUAUUUAUAUAUAAAUAUAUAUAUAUAUAUACGUUGGUGCUUGUUGAUUUUGUAUGGGCAUCUGUUUUUGAUCCUUGCCGUGCCAAAUUGGUUGUAUUCUUUCAAAUUCCCAAGGGGUUGUUUUUGUUUAGUACUGUAUUAUAUAUACAUAGUGAAAAUUGUGAAAUAUUUGCCUUUCUUUUUCUU